GACGCCAGAACGUUUUGGUUGAAACCGCUGCCAUUUUUUGAGGCCACAGAUCUCGCCUCGCAGGUCGUCAGCGUGCGCUGGGCAACCAAGUACGCCGGUCCUAGCAACUGUUAACGAAGAUAAUUGGCCAAAGGUUGUCAGACGAGUUGUACUUGGAGGGGGCUCAUGAAAUUGGUGGUGGGUAGAGAAGCAAGCAAAGCGGUUUGAAGCGGAUGAGAGAGAUACCGUUAUUAUGAGUGAUGAUGGAGAGCAGUUGUACAGUGCGUGUGAUUCAUCAGAUCCACAAGAGGCGCUGCAGCUGGUGACCAGUUGGGACCAACAACGCAUUCGAGAUGCUGCCCAAUACAAAGAUAAGUACACCACUGCACAUGGCCUGCCAUAGGGGUUGUGUCAAGGUGGUGGAGAUGCUGUUGCAGGUGGUGGAGAUGCUGUUGCAGCACGGUGCUGAUGCUAAAGCCAAGAACGACGAACUCAGCACGCUGAUAUUCAUGUAUUUGCUGCUGUGCAAGCCCCUGGAGCACAUGCUGAGCAGCUGGCUGCAAAAGCGGGGCAGGCUAGGUACCCCCGACGACGAGAAUGGUAUUCACAAUGCCGAGCAUGACGAAGAUUUGCUCGACGACGAGCUGGAUGAAGACCACAUGAGCCACGACGAAACGAUGACGUUGCGACGCGAGGUCCGGGACGCUCAACGCCACUACAACAACAGCCACUUGCUCUUCAACAUUGCGCCCCUGCAGACGAUGCUCAACACUCUGGGGGACACGGCCCAGCGGGCCUAUGCGCGCACAGCCAGUGACCAUGUGCAAACCAAAAUGUCGUCGCGACUGAUGCAUCAAGUGGCCUCGCAAAAAUGGCAUGCUUUGUUUGGACUAGAUCGCAAGCGCAGCAUAGCCGAGUUGACCGCGAACCAAGAAGCAUUGGAAGCUCGCUAUCCCAUCAGCUGGAACCCGGUGACUGACCUCUCGCCCGAGGCAAACGGGCGUAUCAUCAUGAACACGAGGGCCGAGCAUGACGUACCCUACAUGACCCAGCUGGCCAAGCAGGCGAGCAUCUCCUGGGGCCACAGUUUCAACAGCCAAGAACAGUUGGACCUGGCUGCGGCCAUUGACCAGCACCGGCCGGAAGAUGGAUGGCUGAUUGUUGUUGCACCAACAGGCAUGGUGGCAGAUGGCCUGGACGUGCUCAUCGUUACGACCGACAUGUUUGUCCGCGUGGGAUCUGAAUCACUACACGGAAAGGUCUGCUUUCAGCGCAUCCGCACCGUGGUGAUGGACGAGGCGCACACGCUCAUCUCGGAUGCCAGCUACCGAGAUGUGAUGGACGAAGUCGCAGCCAGUGUGGGCUCUGGCGGAUGGACCAACAUCAAACGCGUGGCGUUGACGGGCACACUUUGCAUCGGGAACCAGGAGCAUCUGUUUCGAAAGCUGGGUCAGCAAGUCGGGGGCAAGGUGUACCGUCUGGAGACGAUGCGUCGCGAUCUGCAGCUGCGUGUGCUUCACGGAAACCAGCUAAACUUUUUGUCGCAUGUGCAAGCCAUUGUGGACACGCAGCGUAACAUGCGUCAGGCGAAUGGGGAGCGUGUGCACAUGAUGGUCUUUUGUGACACUGUGAACGAGGUGAAGCUGCUGUGUGACCAGCUGCACGCACGCGGCUACGUGGCCUUGCCCUACUACACCGACCUGGAGGAGAAGGCGCAAAAGGACCAUGUGGCACAGUGGCAACGGGGUGAAUGCGACGUCAUUGUGGCCACCAGCUGCCUCAGCACGGGUGUGGAUCUGCUCACCAUUCGCCACGUGCUGUGGUAUGGCAACGGCUACAACGUCUAUACGCUGGCCCAGACGCGCCACGAUGAAGCGGGCCAUGGGCGGGGCGCGCGCGCGCUCCUGGUGGUGCGUUGUCGUCGUUGUGGCGCGACGGGCAAGUGCUGCCGAGGUGCAAGCGACGACAUGGAUGAACGGGUGGCCAAACGACAUUGCCGCGUGACCGUCAUGGAUGGACCAUUCUUGCUGAUCUCGUGUUGGGCUGCCAUUUGUUGUCAAGACAAUUCCUCGAUCUGA